AUGGAUGUACCAGCAAUUGUUAAAACAGGUCUACCACUUUAUGCCUUACAUCGUUAUUUGCAGUUUGAGAGUGGUGGCAUGUUGUUCUACGGUAUGAGGGAGUUCGGAAAUUCUGUGGUUCUUGGAAUGUUUAUUAAACGGUGGGUUAAGGACAGGAUAAGUCGAAUGUUAAGGAACACCAAAGAGUACCGCAGUAGUGAGUGCGAGAGAGUGUUUGUAAUUUGGAAAUGGACUUUCCCGCUGAUUGGUGGGUGGUGGUCGAGCACGGGUCUACAGCUUGAUCGGAAAUGCGGAAAGAAAUAUGAGGAAAAGAGGGUGAGUCUGGAACUGCCAGUACAAGAGAAUUGUGUAUUGCGCGAUAGUCGGCUUUUCUUUAUGAAUGAUCGAAAGGGUGAAUUCUGUGAAGGCAAAUUCCUGGAAGAAACGAAUGAAAUGGACGGAAUUGGUGACGAAGGGACCGGAGGUGUUCGAAAAGGUCGUAAUAGUGGAACGAGAGGUGGUCGGCGAGGAGAGGAUGGUUAUGGUUUGGUAUUUCUAUUGGUCGAUCACAAAAUGGGUAGUGAUGGUGCUAAACAAGUUGUUAAGGGUGCGACUAUUCGUCCUCAAUUCACAGUUCCGUCCCACAUACUGUGCGGGAUCGAACUUACUUAUUUCGAGUCAAACACGUCAAUCCAGAGUUUAUGUUGGAGCGGUCGUGAUGGAGUGGACGAAAAGAAGGACGAAGUCGACAAUAUGCGUGUAGAGCAUGGACGCGAUGUAACGGCGCUCUUCGAUAUGGACAUGCUGGUAGUGGUUUUUACUCGUCUUGCUCGUGGCUCUCACUGA